AUGCCUCCCUUCUCUGGCAAAAUCGAACCCAUUUCCAUUAUACCCAAUGAAGAGCUCUCUUCAAUUGACCAGAUUGACGUUUCGGCCUUCAGAAGAGCUCUGUUAAAAAAGCCGACCUACAAAGCCUACAAAGCUCUCCUCGUUCACCGCCAUACCCUACAAAGCUUGAAUUUGAAUGUGGACCUCAUGGUUGAGCAAGCUGAUGAUGCGCUCUACAAGGCCUCCGAGAACCGCGGAAAGACAGAGCGAGCCUUAGCCAACGCUUGCGACUCGUCUAUGUCUCCCUAUCCCACAACAUGUCCGCCCAUCGCCAGCAAAGCGUUCCAAAGUAUCAUCGAGCUGCAGACGUUCUAUCAUGAUGAGAAAGUAUGUGUUCUUAUGGAGUGCGUUUCUGAGCAGGGGCGUGCGCAGACACUCCUUCGUAGGGUGAACAGUAGGGUGGAGAAGGUGGAGCAAGCCUUGGUGAAGAAGUUUGGCAUCCAUACUGUCGACGACGAGGGUAAUCCGCUGGAAAUGCAGGACUUGGAGCGAGUCAUUGAUGUUAUGGCUUCGGUCCCCGGGAUCGAGAAUCUCUAG